AUGGAUGUCAAAAAUAUUGUUCUCCAUAGUGAUCUUAAAGAAGAUAUUUAUAUGAAACCUCCACCUGGUUUGUUCUCAUCACCUACAUCAGAUAGCAAAUAUGACUCAUCUUUGUUUCUUCGGAAAACAUCUACAGAUUGUGUUCUUCUUUUGGUGUAUGUAGAUGCCAUUAUUAUCACAGGAACUGAUUCUUCACUAAUCACUAGCCUCCAACAGCAACUUAAAGAUUAUUUUCAUAUGAAAGAUCUUGGUACUCUUACUUAUUCUUUGGGUUUGGAAGUUCAUAAUGUUGCUUCAGGAGUGUUUCUAAACCAACACAAAUAUACUCAGGAUCUGAUUUCUUUGGCUGGUCUUCAAGAUUCAUCCUCCGUAGAUACUCCAUUGGAAUUGAAUGUGAAGUAUCGUCGUGAGGAAGGCGAUCUUCUUCCUGAUCCAACUAUAUUUCGACAAUUAGUUGGGAGUCUAAAUUACCUUACUAUUACUCGGCCUGAUAUCUCUUUUGCAGUUUAA